UGCAUCGCGUGCAUUCCUCCCGAGGAUUAGGUCGCACUAGUAACGGUCUGGCACCGCCACGGUCCAGACGGGAAGAAUCCAUGAAAGUUUACAGUCCUGAAACACCUGGCGCACAAUGGAAGAGACUACUUCUACGCCGCCCAAGAAAAAGCCUAGAUCAAAAACCAAGGACAGGACUUCCGAUACUGAGGUUCUGCGCGAAAAGUCAAAAUCAAAGGCAUCAUUGAAGGACAAGACAUCGGAAUCUGCUGAUCUGCCGCCUCACGGAAAGCGCUCAAAGUCAAAGUCCAAGGAGCGGGUGACCGAAUCAGGCGCUAGUGAUCCUGGUGAAAAGCCGAAAUCGAAAACGAAGUCCAAAGCUCCCGAUUCAGCGGCUUCACAAGGAAAGUCAAAAUCAAAGACAUCAUUGAAGGACACGACAGCAGAGUCAGCAGAUCUGCCAACUGAGGAAAAGCCGAAGUCGAAGAAAAAGGCCAAGUCGUCGGAAUCAGCGAUUUCGCAGGACAAGAAAUCAAAGCAAAAGACUACCGACGAGACAGCACAGUCUGCAGAUUCCCCGCCCGUUGAAAAGUCAAAGAAAAAGAAGACAACCGACCCUGCUUUGUCGCUUCGCGAUGAAAAGGAAUCGAAAUCAAAGAAGUUGGAACGUGAGAAACAGCCAACGAAACCAAAGCACAAGGUGGCUGCAGCAGCACCGAUGGCUGCGGCUGCUGUCGAAAAGCCUGCGGACGUAACAACGCAGGAAUCAACUGCGGUGGUGUCUACAGCAAAGGCAUCGGAAGUCACUACAGCGGCCAGUGACGUACCCCCGGUUCCUAAGAAAAAGGAGCCAUCGGACAAAGGACUGCCACCUGUGGUGUACGGUGCUAUAGGAGCAGCCUUGGUUGUCAUUUUACUCCUGGCGUUGUUCGGGUUGUACUGGGUCAUCAAGCGAAACGUGCACGGUACAAAACCAGGUGCCACAGAAUCUGUUCCAGGCCCCGGCAUUAUGACCCCGCCAGGCGAAACCACAGGCGAUCGAUCAACAACGAAACCAGUCACCCACGCUCCAGCUCCCCCUCCUCCUCCCCCACCUCCUUCCCGUCCCCCUCCACCGCCUCCUCCUCCUCUGCCUCCCCCUCCUUCUCCGCGUCCACCCGCUCCGCCGCCACCGCCUCCCCGUCCUCCACCUCCACCUUUACCACCUCCUCCUCCUCCUCCGCCUCCACCUUUCCCUCCUCCACCACCGCCUCCCCCUCCUCUUCCGCCACCGCCUCCCCCUCCGCCUCCGCCUCCCCCUCCGCCUCCUCCCCCUCCGAGACCGACGGGCCCAACAACCACACCUAGACCCACUGUGAAGUGGGACACAGAGAUCGAGUCCUGCAACUCGAACGACUGCAGGGAGGUCAAAAUGCUCAUGGUCAAUUCCUUGGACAAGACACGAGAACCCUGCCAGGACUUCUAUGCCUUUGUUUGUAGCGAAGCUGAAAGAAACUAUGCUGCUAUGUAUGACACCGUGCAAGGUGGGACACUGAAGGUACUCGAACACAAUAUUUCUACCGACAUCAGAAGAGAACUUUAUACUCCCGCACCGUUCCAAGGCCAAACCGUGUCUCAGAAAAGUGUGGCAUUCUUCCAACACUGCAGCGACGUGGAGAACGCGAUCGGUAGCAACUUCAAUGGCAUAAAAUACUUCCUAGAACAACAUGGUAUCACUUUCGAAGAGAGUACGAUGUCAUUCGACCCCUUGGACAUGACAGUUAAAUUGGCCUUCGAGUUCGAUAUUCCUAUUUGGUUCAACUUUACUGCGGAACGGGUCGGUACGGGAUAUGACAUCGUCGUCGAGGAGCAGUCCGGAAUUUCGCGGGAGGAAUUUACGUUGAAUAGCAGGGGGACUUACCUUGAUAAAGCGCAGUAUGGACACAAAAUGCUGAACAAUAUAUUUGUCCGACGCUUCGAUUCAAUCUACAUCUAUGACGUGAUAAAAGGCGUGGAAUUUGUAUACGAGACAGUGAGGAACAAGCGACUCGGAGCACAGAAACGGAUUCCUCUCUCGACACUUCUGGACGAUGACAUUAACUCUGGCCUGACUAGACAAUGGACUGCAAUCCUUUCUCACUACAGUAAUCAACAUCUUCCAGGUAAUACCUACGUAAAGAUUCAUGAACGCGUUCGCAACACCUUUCGAGUAGUGUUCGCUGAAGCGAACAAUACGAACGCCAUGAGGAGCUACAUCGCUUGGAGAACUGCCGACACACUGUUCCAAACUGGUGCUCAAGCGAUGGAGAAGGAUACAGCGAGGGAGAUCGAAGACCACUGUCUGGGCUUGGUACUGUCGAUGCUGCCACAUACAAUAGGCUCUUCUGUGCUUUUCAAGGCCGUAAACCAACAGAGAGUAAACGCCGUGAAGAAUAUGCUAAACGAUAUCGUCGCUGCCAUCGACGAUUCCUUCACGCGGUUCACGUUUUUUAACAACACACGGGAUACUGCCAGACGCAAGCUGUCUCUGUUGAAGAUGAAUAUUGGCUAUAAUUCAAGGUUCGAUACACCAGAUAAAGUUAGAGACUACUACCGCAAUCUUCCAGAUUUGACCGGAUCUUUCAUCCAUGAUUUCAUCAAAGUGAAACGAUUCCUGACGACGACUUACUGGGAUCACGUUUUCGGCAACGAUGUCGACUUUAUUAACAACCUUUACGGCGCCCAGAUUCCACUGUUCGAAGCCAACGCGAAAUAUACAGCUGAGAUGAACCUGCUGACUAUACCACCUGCCAUGAUGUACAGCCCGCUCUUUGCCCUUGGAGGACCUACUGACGUGAACUACGGCGCUCUGGGACGUCUUAUGGCUCAUUACAUAAUGCGGGGCUACGAUCUGCACGGGCUUAGAUUCGAUGGCACAGGAGCCCCGUCGUCCUGGUUCCCCAAAGCAAAUGUGAUUAGCUAUGAAGCUGUCAUUUCCUGCAUAGAAGGUAUGGCAUUGACCGCACCUGGUAAUAGGUAUUCAGUAACGAGCAGGGAUGAAAAACUCGCGGACGUCCUAGGAAGUGUUUCUCUCCUGAACGCUUACAAGAAAGCUAAGGGUUCGAGUGCUAAGAUGUUUUACGUGUCCUGGUGUCUCCUCUGGUGCGGCAGACGGACGUUGCCUGGUAUUGAGUCGGAUGAUCUUCGGUGCAAUCUGCCUUUGAUGAAUUCUGACCAUUUCAGGGACACAUUCUUGUGUCCCUAUGAUUCGCCAAUGAAUCCGGCACAGAAGUGUAAGUUCUGGUAGGAGCACUCACCAGGAAAUAUAU